AGUCAACUUUGUUGACCCCCCCAAACAAUACUCACAUUCACUUGCAUUUAUACUCGCUCCUGUUAUUGUCUGCGGCCAGUCGAUCCACACUUUAUAAUCAACAGCGCGGUCACCGUCGCCACCACCUUCCUUACCCCCCGUCACGACCACAACUCGCUCAUCCGUGCCCCUUCCCCCCCCAGCCCCAGCAACCUCCUCGAGUCUCAAUCUCGCACGGUGCACCGUUUCGUCUGUCGCGUCGACACUCCCUCCCCCCCUCCCUUCCUUCCUUCCUUUCCCCUUCCCCCACCAUCUCGACCUCGUCUCUCUCUCCCUUCUGUCACCUCCAAACACUGGCAUUACUCGCAUCAUCAGCAUCCUCGCACCCAUUGUCUCACCCCCCGGCGGCACUCUACAUUGCACGCCGCUUCUUCCCUCAGCGUUGCCACCUCGUCAACACCUGGCCCGCUCCUCUCGCCAACGGCCCUAGCCCGAGGCACAAGCUUCGGUCGGUAUCCAACCCCCCUCGCACGCCACCACACGCGCGCGCGGCCCACACGCCGAGGCGGCCCGCUCCCGAAGCGCGCCUCAGUCGUCGGCAAUCAUACUCAGGAGCUAACCUAGCGGCUCUCAUACUCAAACAACAAUGGCAUCUUCACUCCAUGCCCCACUCCCUCAUGGAAGCACAUCGGUCGCAGAAACGAACGCCAUGAACAGCAUUCUGGGUCGCAGAGCAUCCCACAACACACCUUCAUCGUCAAUGCUCGCCCCUCCAGUGCCUGCUCGGGCACCCAGGCGGGUGAUCCCAUCCACCGCCAGCCUGGCUGCUCAGUCAUUAGCCCACAAUGCUCAGGCGACAACCCCCUCGAGGACACUCUACAGGUACACCCUCAUGGAGCCAGAUCCGAAUAGGACGGCGAAUGGCCGCAGCCCGGUCAGCGACGAGCAUUCCGGCGACGACAGCUACAGCGGCGAGAGCACCGGAAAUAUCAGCCACAACACGUACGAGAGUCUCGAGCGCGAGGUCGCUCCCCAAGUGGCUGCCGCUGCCUCCUCGUCGUCGUAUCGUGCCCCAUCGGUGGUCGGCUCUGUUGGCCCACGAAGGUCGCUCAACAGCCAGAGCCGAAACCGCCAAUCACGAGCCUCGGCGUUUGACGACGCCGCGUACCGCCCUGCGUCUGAUUCUGGCUCCUCCGAUGAAGGCCGCGCCGCAUCAGUGAGCAGCAGGCGAGGGCUACGGGCGUCAGUAGCUCCUCAAGCUUCCGUUCCUCCGCCGGCCAUUGGAGACGACCGGAAUGCCGCAAGAUCGUCGGCUAGGCCCCAGGGCGCUUCUGAACCCCGGAAUCGCAGGACGACUGCCCCGAAGACCCCCAAGGCUGAGCCUGCUCAGGCAGAGACCGACAUUGGCGAGGACAUUGACGUGCUUGACGAGCUGCCAGAGACCGCCACUGUCCGGAUCACAGCCCACGGCGCCCACGGCUCUGGAACCGCUCGUCUUGUUCACACUUCCCCGGCACCGUCUCGACUGGGGCGUGCGUCAAUGCCUCGGGACCCGCGCAGCCCGGCAGAAGCCACCCCACCCCGUACGUCCCGCAAGACCAAGGCCACGCCUACGCCGUCUGUCCUCAACACCACGUUUGAGGCUGUACGCAGACGGAGAGAUAUCCAGUUCGCGUUUGUCGCAAUAAUUGUCGGGAUGUUGUUCGCCAUGUUCUUCAAGAUGAGCACCAAGUCACCCAGCAUCCCCGGAUACCCGCAAGCUCAACCAAGUGCUGGGCCUACUCCUGCGUCUGGGGACGUCAGCAGGCUCUACUCAAAGCUUGCUAGUCUCGAGCAAGCCGUCUCGAAGCUCGAGUCCAAGCCUGCCGCCACUCCCAACAUCGAGUCGGCGAUUGAGAGGAGCUCGAGUGUGCAGGCUCUCCGCCGAGAGUUGGACCUCCUGCGAUCCGAAAUGGCGAGUGUCAAGGGUGUCGUUCGUGACCACGACGCCAAGUUCAAGAACUACGCCGCUGUCGAGCGCGAGGUCGUCGCCCUUAAGACCCGCGUCACGGCUGUGGAGCAGGACGUCAAAGCCGCGCUGGACGAUGGCCGUCUCCGCUCCGCCCUCGACAACCUCCUGCCCAGCAGGAUGCCUGUGAGAGUCAACCACAAGGGUGUCUACUCGAUCGACCCCAGCUUCUGGGCUCUCCUCAAGACGGUCUUUGUGAACCACGACGACGUGGAGACGCGCUUCAAGGCGGUCGAUGAGCGGCUCAACCGCAAGGACAAGGCUGAUGACAAGAACGCCCCGGCACCGGCGCCCCAGGAACCCUGGAGGCUUGCCGACCACGCGGCCGAAUUGCAGAGCUGGGCUGCGAGCGUGUUCCAACGCCAAGCGGCCUCUGAGCAGCUCAUCACCAAGCCCGAGUUCAUCUCCCUCGUGGAGGAUCAUCUCAGUUCCUUGCGGGAGGAGCUCAACGCAGUGCGCAACCACGUGCCCAAGCCGGGGUCGACUACCAUCGUCACAGCCAAGGGCGAAGACCUCACGCCGGCGUUGCAAGGCCUCGUCGACGCGUCGCUCUUAAAGUACAGCAAGGACACCAUUGCCCAGGCCGACUACGCGCUGUACUCUGGGGGUGCACGUGUGAUCGACGAGUACACGACUCAGCUCCUUUUGGUUGAAGAGGCCGGGCUGUGGAGUCGACGCAUUAAAGGCACGCAGUCUAUUUACGGGCUCCCGCCGGAGACGGCGCUCACCGACGCGGUGCAGACCGGAUCGUGCUGGCCUUUCAAGGGCGGCGAAGGACAACUCGGCGUCGGACUGCCGCGCGACGUUAUUGUCUCGUCUGUAACUGUUCAGCACCUGCCGCAAGACCUGUCGUAUGGCGACAUUGCGUCUGCUCCUCGGCGAGUGGAAGUUUACGCCAAAGUGUCGGGAGAACAGAACCAACGCAAGGCCGCGUACCUUGCCGAGAAGUGGGACGGCCAGUAA